CCAGCCAUGAUGGAGAGCCGGGCCACACGAUCCAGCGAGCGAAAUCAAUCCACCGGCACCUGCCGAGUGUCACGGAGUUUGUGUCGGCAGUGGACAGCAUCAGCGCCUGCAGGGAUUGAAGCUCUCGUGGGGUGUGCGGCGAUGGAGCAGCCUGACGAGGUUGAUGAGGACGAUGAUGAUGAGCAGCAGCGGCAGCAGUUCUGGGAGUGGCGCUGUGAGUGAGAGUGCCUGUCGAUCAAUGUACUGCGGGAAUAAAUUUGAUUUUACUGUUGUGGCCGAUGGCGGUGGAGAGUGAGCAGGUGGACUGCGCCGUUGAGUGGAUGUCGUCCUUCGAUCCGUGCAUGUGCAUGCUGUUGCAGGAGCGGAGGAGGAUUUGCGCCAUGGGUUUAGAGGGGGUUUAAGGGUUGAGGUUGGGAGUUUUAUUUUGGGGCUUUAGGCUUUGGAGCUCGUGGGGGGAGAUGUUGAUUGUGUGAUAGUUUUUAGGAGCGACGUCGAUGGAGGGUCUCGGAGAGGGUGGGUACCAGUCCGGGGUAGGGAAGCGGGAAGAGGUGGAAUGGCGGACCGAGAACGGCGAGGGGGAGGGAAUGAGGAGGAGGAGGAGGAGCAUGGGGCAUUUUUUGGGUGGCAAUGCGGACGGCGAUGCCCCUGCGCUUCCUCUCCAUGACAAAAACAUGCAGCUGCGACACCUGUUGGACAUCUCACAAGUUCUUAGCGAAGCGGGGAGCGCCAUUAUUGACGUAUGGGCUUUUCCUCCAUGUCGCUAAGCUUCUGGUUUCGCAGUCAACUCGCUCACACAGCUUGUAUUCUGCAUUUUGAUCAAUAUAGGCUUCAGGAGGACUCUUUCACCAGAUGUUUUAAGUCUAAUGCUCCUGAACCUUGGAACGUCUGAAACCGUUCUUGGGACACAGAUAUAAUUUAUCUAUCCGCCAACAGAUUAGGGAGAACUUUGAUAACAACAGUGCUUGUUGAUGCACUCUCUCGGGCCGCUCCUGUUACUUAUAUGCAUUUUGAGUUUUAGGCGCUUCUUUAGCUCGGAACGAAGUUUUUUUGUUCUCAGGAAUCAAUUAACUGCCGUGACGAUCAGGUUUCAAGGAAUACCUUCUUGGAAAUAAUUACCGACUUCGUUUAAGAAAGGCCUAGAUAAGCAAGUCUCUUUUGUUGCAGGCUGAAAAAGCACAUUAAAGACCCAGACUCGAAUCCACUGCUGAUCUUUCCUGAAGGCACAGGCAUCAACAACGAGUACAUUUGCAUGUUUAAAAAGGGCGCGUUUGAACUUGACUGCAUGGUGUGCCCAAUUGCGAUCAAGUAUAACAAAAUCUUUGUUGAUGCUUUUUGGAAUAGCAAAAAACAGUCAUUUACAAUGCACUUGAUGCGCCUGAUGACAUCUUGGGCGGUUGUGUGUUAUGUCUGGUACUUGGAACCUCAAACAUUGCGCCCUGGUGAGACUCCAAUUGAAUUUUCUGAAAGGGUGCGUGAGUUUAUUCUGGCUCUUUUAAAAAGAGUCCCUUGGGAUGGUUACCUCAAGUAUUAUCGGCCAAGCCCAAAAAUCACAAAUAAAAAGCAACAAAGUUUUGCAGAAUCUGUCAUCAGGGGGUUGGAGGCUAGCAAACAAAUAUGGUAACUGUAGACACCAGCGCUACAUCCUUGUUGAUUUCCCGGUGUAGUUUAUUGUCCCUUGUUACUAAAGACUUGUCAACUCUUCCCUGCCAGAUUAGUUGUAUGAGACUCGUGAGCUACUCGCAUACAUCAAGCGUGCUUUUCCCUCCUUGCACUUGUAUAUCCACUAUGACCUCCGACUUCGGGGCUUGCAAUAACAGACAGGAGGAUUUCUGGAUAGCGAAAGAUGCUCUUGAACUCU